GACAGUUACAUUUUUUUUAUUAAAAUGUCUCGACGUGGUGGAAGACAGCCCUUCAACCCUAAAGCUGGGUUCCAGAGAGCCGGCAACAAUAAUAAGGAAGAUGACGGGAAAGGAGUUUCAGUUGUCAUCCUCAAACAAGCACGUUCAAGUGGACAAUUGAAUUUAUCAAACCGUUCACUCACAACUGUUCCUCAGUCAGUAUGGAAUAUCAACACUGAUGUCCCGCCUGAAUCUAAGAAUGUAUCACUGGACAACCAGGAUGAAAGAUGGUGGGAUCAGAAUGAAUUGGUCAAGCUUAUUCUGGCUUCAAACAAACUAGAACAACUCUCAAAUGAUAUCCAACUACUGCCUGCCCUUACUGUGCUUGAUGUCCAUGACAAUAAGUUAAAUUCCCUGCCAACUGCGAUUGGAGAACUUCGUAAUUUGCAACGAUUGAAUAUCAGUCAUAACUGCUUAACAGAGCUUCCAUCCGAGUUAUCCCAACUCCACGAUCUUCUCUUCCUCCACGUCCAGCACAAUAAGAUCAGUGUCCUGCAAGAUGGCCUUGGUGAACUCAACCAUCUGGAGAAUUUAGAUGUAUCGAACAACCAGUUGAGUGAGUUGCCAGAAUCCAUUGGGAGUCUGCGUAAAUUGAGGAGUCUUAACGCAUCAGAGAAUCAACUAGAAUUUAUUCCGACAACCAUCGGUAACCUCAAAGGAGUUCGGAUGCUAGAACUGAGUAGCAACAGACUGCCUUCACUACCCCUUGAGAUGGGUUUCAUGUCAGGACUAGAACAGAUCCAUAUCAAGUUCAACAGAAUUACAUCACUGCCUCCUUUCACUAAAUGCAAAGAUUUAAAGGAACUCCAUGCAGGAAAUAACAAUAUCACCGAGCUGAGUGUUGAGUUGCUCCAGUCUCUAUCCUCUCUCAAUGUACUAGAUCUGAGAGAUAACAAGAUAAGCAUCAUCCCUGAAGAGAUGAUACAGGUUACCACUCUCACCAGAUUCAAUAUUGCCAACAAUAAUGUUUCAAGCCUGCCCUACAAGCUUGGUAAUCUAAGAUCACUAAAGGCUAUGGUUGUUGAUGGGAAUCCCAUGCGUGGUAUCAGGAGAGACAUCGUCAAUAGAGGUACUGUGGAGCUGAUGAAGUACUUGAGGAGUCGUAUCGAGGAGACUCCAGAGGAUACUCCUGAUAGUUCCUCCGCUUCUGAUCCAUCCAGUGUCAUAGGCAGGACUGAUGCAGUGGCUGGCAAGACAUUGGACUACAGCAAUAAGAAGUCAGGAACUAUACCAGUCUCUCUGUGGGAACCUGCCAAGGAAAGUGGAGUCACGGCUGUCAACUUCAGCAAAAACAUGCUGACAGAAGUCCCAGCAAAUUUGAUCUUACUUCAUAAGACUGCGGUGGAUGUGAAUCUGAGUGUUAACAAGAUACCAACCCUUCCUACUGAGAUGCAGAUGAUGGUUAAUAUCACAAGACUUGAUCUAGGGAGCAAUGGACUUAGCAGCAUUCCAUCUGAAUUUGAGACAAUGUCUAUGAUGCGUGAACUCGUCAUCUCUUACAACCGCUUCACCAAAGUCCCUGAUGUCGUCUUUACUUGGACCAACCUCGAGACCCUCUUAGCUAACGGCAACCAGAUAGGGGACAUCGACUUGACUGGUUUCAAACGCCUCACCAAGAUAUCUUCAUUGGAUCUCCAGAAUAAUGACAUUGGAGAGGUUCCUCCAGAGCUGGGAACAUUUACCAGUCUCAGGUCUCUUCUGCUUGCUGGUAACCGAUUUAGGAACCCACGUCCUGCCAUCCUCAACAAGGGAACCGUCGCACUCUUGGCCUACCUCAGAGACAGGAUUCCAACGUAACAAGCCCUAGCUCGCCCCGUCAGGAAUAAUCUUUUGUAAUGCAUGUAAAGACCGUUUAUCACCUCUUCAUCUCAUUGAUCGUUCUCUCUUCUGUUGUCUCUUAAUUUCCCUAUACAUCUUACAUUUUUACAGUUUCCUUCCUUUUCCUGUCAUAUUUUCCUUAUAUUAUUAUUGUCAAAUACCCUGCAGUAUUGAGAAACAUCCCAUUUCGAUUCUUGACAAACUCCUCUUGCCUAUCAUAUUUAGACUUUCUUACUCUUCUACUUUUCAAUGCUAGGCACAAAAAGUUCAUGUAUAUGUUACACCUAGUUCAAAAGAAAACCCUUACACGGCCAUAUGCAAUUUCAAAUGCCCACCAUUUGACAGUUCAUCAAAUGUGUUUUGGGCACAAAAAAGCUUUACUUUCUUUUGCAAAAUUAAAGUGGCUUUAAAAAUAGUAAAAUCAUGGUAUCUUGGAGCGAAAUUUUAUCAAUGUAAACGAUACAAAAGUGCUACUUCUUUGAUUGAAAAAUUAUCUCGUGAAAUGUUAUUGUUGAUACAUGUUUAAAACUUUGGUGCCACAAUACGGGUUGAAGACUGCAUUAAAAAAAAAGGUCUUUCUGCUGCAUGACCCUGCUGAGUGCCAUAUACUGUAUGUUAGCUAGCUCUGCUGUAGGUUAGUAAUACAUGUACUAGGCAGCAUCUGUAUUCUACUAAUCGAGCUAAACCCCGAGUAUUGACAAAGGAAUUCUUAGACCUCCAAUUUCUUUGUGAAACUCAGGCCAGCAUUGAGUUUAAAAUUGAGUAGAAUACGGGUCUUGUAUCUCUUGGGAGAGGUAAUAUCCAAUCAUUAUCAUUAUAUACUAUUAUAUUAUAGUUGACGGAGCUUGUGUAUAGGUAUGUAAAUUGGUAUUUUUGUUACAAGAUGAUUGAAACAGAUUUCAAUUAAUAGAUAUAGAUCCCCUUAAUGUACAACAUUUUUGUAUCAAAUAUUUGAAAUGCUUGUCUUAGUAGACACAGAAUUUAAUACCCAUUUACGGUAUACACAGAGUUUGGCCAACUUGGUGUCAGUUCUGUUCUUUAAUACCCAAGAAAGCUCUACUUGCCAUAUCGUGCCCAACUCGAACCGAGUUGGCCAAACUCUCCCAAUCAAUAUCUUGUUAAUUUAUGUACCAAUUCUUCUAAUGAAGUUUGAAAAAUGACUGGGAGAAUGUAGUGUAUGUACAUCUAAUUUGAUAUUUCUUUGUGAAGAGUGAUGAAAAUUCACUAUUUUUGUCACACAUUUAUGUUGUUCAGCAUACAAAAUUGAAAGUUGCAUUGUGACAUUUCUUUCUGUUUUUUCAGUUCAUUACGUAUUAAAAGAACAUUAAUUUUCUCAAUUGUUCAGCACUUUAGUGUGACAUUCCACAUCAAAGCAAACUAAGCUAAGUACUAUGAAUAAUGACUCUUCAGUUCAAGUGAAUUCCUUUACUUUUUUUUUUACCGCUUAAAUUGUACUUGUUUUAUUAUGUUUCCAGUCAUUUCCAUACAAAGACAGUGUAAAUAAUACAUAUUUUUCCUGUAAACAAAAUAUUUAAAUAAUUCCAGCUAGGCUCUAAAUACCCUAAAUACCCGAUAGAAAGACAUCAAUCCACUUUUGCCACCCUGUACCCAGGUGAAGAUAGAUACCCAGAAUACUGAAACACUACAUGUUUAUAAAUACUGGCUGCUUGAAUACUAGAGAGCCCAGAGUCACAGCAUGACAGACAGGAGCAUGACUCAAGAUGCACCAUAUUAUCAUUAUCAAUGAUUAUCUUUUCAACUUAAUAAUGUCAUGAAUGUGAUGACGUAAUUGCAUGCUAGUGUUGUAAAAACGAUAGUAACUAUAAUUAUGCAAAGAUGUAGAUGACAAUAUCUGAACACUAGAAAUGCAUUUAAACAAACUAUGUGUGUAAUGUAUUAUAAGAAUGAUAUUUAUAUGAUUCAUGAUUUGCAGUACUUCUCAAAUUGCUGUAUUUUUUUUUAAUUAACAGUUUCUAUUAACUAUGCUUGGCAUGCAGUACAUUUUUCUUUGCAAGUACUUACAAAUGCUUGUGUGUGAAAUGAAUAAAUUUCUUCUAUCUAGUAUGCAAACAA